AUCAAAAAUGGUUGCCAUAUGAAGGGAACGGAAUGAAUUAAAGUUUGACAUUUCACAAGUUUUGUUUUCGAAGGAUGGAUAAGUUUCUAGUAUUUUCGUCGUCUGUGUUGUUGUUGUGCGCGAGCCUAGUCAGUUGUCAGCUUGUUGUGAACGUCAAGAACAAAGGUGGCGACGUGCUGGUCGAGUCUAUACAGGCCAACACGACGGAAGACACAGUGACCCUCGAGUAUCAGAAUACUGACGGGACCUUGAUCACCCAGUUUAUCGACUUUAAAUCGGAAGUUCAAAUCUUCCGGGCGUAUGUUGCUGGAGAAGAAGAACGAGGUCAGAAUCAGCUUCAAGUCUUGUGUUUCAUCAGCAGGUUCAGCAAGAAUGACUUCAUCUCAUCCGAUGCCAUGUCAAAACUCAGACAGAAAAAUCCAACUGCUAUCCGGAGCCCAGAGGAGGAAAAGGGCCCUGACCUAAUGGUGUAUGACCUGCAGGUCGACCUGAGCAAAAGUCACAUGAUCAGUCAGCAUGUGUUCAACAUGUGCCAGGAGGCGAAAGAAACAACAUUCUUCAAGGAGGGAGAUCUCACCACCAUAUCUAGAUCUUUGAGUAAAGACUAUAAUACACUAAUGUCGGGUAUGAAGAAGACAUACCCCUCCAAGUACGCCCGAUGUCACGACACCAACGACCUGAGCAAGCCGUGUCUGUGUCACUACCAGAUGUGUGUGGGGUGGUACCCCUGUGGACUGAAGUACUGUCGGGGCAAGGACUCCGCCGGCAAGGUGGUCAGCUACCGCUGUGGCAUCAAGACGUGUCGGAGGUGUCUUGUCUUCGAACAUGUUGCCAGGCAACGCCUGUGGUGCCUGUGGGAUGACUCGUGAACUUAAAUCCUGACUAGCGACAUUUCUAAGGAUCUUGAUCAACAAUGUUCAAUACAGCUGAGAUGUGAAAGGAUGUGCUAUUAUUUGACAAUAGGGAAAUAUUAGGCAGUGAAACUGAAAGUGGCCAAUGCUGGCUAAAAACAGGGGUGGCUAAUUGUGUAGAUGGAAAUUAAUCUUCAAAUGCAGGAAUUUCAUAUAUGUUUAUUUUAAACUUUUUAAGUUUAAUGCUGUAACGGAUGUCAUGUUGUUGACUUUAUGUGCUUGUGAAGGCAUGCACUGUAUCAAACUUUAAUAUCAAAAUGUUAAUAUGUAGAAAACAGCCAGAACUGUUGAAAAGUCACAAGUCUGAGAUAGGCUUUUUAUGUAACACUACCAACAGAACAGACUGACAAGUCCAGAAACAAUGGAUCUGCUGAGAAGAGGAGCAUGUUUAUGAAAUAUGUAUUUUUAAACUUAUCCUGUAUCACAAUAUGCAUCUUUCAUUGCAUAAUGUAGGAUAGGAUAAGUAUUAUAAAUAUACAAUUUAUUGUAAAAUUUGAUAUUUAAAAAAAUAAAAUAUCCUACCUUACACUAUGCAACGAGAGAUCAUAGUGUGAGAUAGGAUAAGUAUUUUAAUAUGCAAUUUGUAGUAAAAUUUACAAAUUUACUCUUUAAGAAAUCCUGAGAUUGGUCAGCAGAGUAGUGCACAUGUACCGGAUACACACCUGUAUCUCAGUGACCAAGCUUUACUACAGCCGUAAACAGUAAUCCAUGUUCCAUGUUCAUACUCUAGUUCUACUGACCCCAUAAAAAAACAGUCACCCAUGACCCCAUUUUUUGUGAUUAAUAUGGGUCCCCAGGUCCAAUGUCUGAAAGCGGCAUGUCAAAAUAAUAAUGGAUAUCAAUCUGAAGCUGUGGAUGUUAUUCUUGCAACACCAUGCUACUACUGGUACAACUACUACUAUAUAACCAGGAUUGUUCUGGUUGAACUCUGAAGUCAAAGGGGGCAUGGGUGGCCCAGUCGUCUAAGGCGUCACGACUCGCUGUGCAGAGUUGCAUCCCUUGGGCACGCCAGAAACCUAUGAUUGUGGGUUCGAAUCCCGGUUCUCCCCGAUUAUGUUUCUAGG